GAUAUUUGGAGAUUAUUAGAGGCCUCUCGUGAGCAUGUCGACCAAGGUUCUCUGAUUCGCUACCUAGAUCUCAACCUUGGAACAACACGUCGAGACUUACCACAGAGCGACCGCACACCUCCAACAUCUCAGUUCCAAACCCCCCUGAGCCUCUUACUAGAAACCACUCAGCCAUCGACAAGCCCAGCAAUUCAACGCCGCCAACAUGUCCGAGCGAAAGGUCAUCUCCAAAUACUACCCUCCCGACUUCGACCCCUCCGCGAUCGCCCGUCAACGUGGCCCUAAACCAACCGGCGCCAGUAAGCUUCUCACCGUCCGCAUCAUGGCCCCAUUCUCCAUGAAAUGCACCUCAUGCGGGGAAUACAUCUACAAAGGACGGAAGUUUAACGCCCGCAAGGAAAAGUCUGGCAAGAAGUAUCUGCACAUCGAGAUUGUUCGACUCUACAUCCGCUGCACGCGUUGCUCUGCUGAGAUUACCUUUUGCACCGACCCUAAGAAUAUGGAUUAUGAGUGUGAGAAAGGGGCGAAGCGGAAUUUUGAGCCGUGGCGCGAGGCGAAGCUGACGGAGGAGACGGAGGAGGAGAUGAUGGAUCGGUUGGAGCGGGAGGAGGGGGAGAGGGAUGUGAUGAAGGAGCUUGAUAAGAAUGUGGAGGGUGGGCAGACGGGUAUGGCUGUUGCGGAUGCGCUGGAUGAGAUUCGGAGCCGGAAUGCGAGGCAGGAGCGCGUAGGACUAGGGAAGGACGGAAUUGGAGAGGAUGCUGAGGCUGGGGAGAAGCGUCAGCGAGAGGAAGAAGACGCUAAGGAUGCUGAGAUUGCUCGUCAAGCCUUUGCGAAGAAACGCAAGGGAGAGGAAGAAGAAGAGGGUGAGAAGAAGCCUGACGGAACGAUCAAUUGGGCGGGGACGAUCAAUUGGGCGAAGCGAGGUGGGAAGAAGAAACAAAAGUCUGGCCUUCUCCCUGGGCUUAAACACAAGAUGACGGCGAAGUAGCUCUAUCAUCAAAGAGCUCGGUUAGCACGAGGCUUAGUCCUGUGUAUUGAUAGUGUCCAAUAUCUGUGUAUGUAUAUCCUUAUCAUCGUCAUGGAGA